AUGCCAGUGCAUCCAUCCUCGGCCAAAUCGGCCUUUGACGCCGACAUUCGCGAUCGUCAUCUCAUAUAUGACUAUGAUGCCCAAGACAGUGAAGGGCGACCGGAAAAGUGGCGAUAUGAAAUGUGGUUCCAAAACGAAGACCGCAUCAACUAUGCCAUCCACGGCGGGCCCAUGGCGGGCCGGAUCAACUACCAGGCAGCCGACUAUCAAUGCAUUCGCCCCGGCGAGCUCUGGCAAUGCAACUGGCUAGAGGAGACGGGCACGAUCUGCUCGCUUGUCUUUGAUAUCCCGCGACAGAAGAUCACCACAUUGAUUGCCUUCUCCAAGGGCCAUUGGGAGAAGGCGGAGGAGGCGCACGGAGAUAAGAGGAACCAAGCGGAUUUGGAAAGAUGGAGAGGUCUUGCCAAGAUGGGCAUUCAGACCGAUCGUGUGAUGUUGAGCGAGCAAGCUGAUAUCUUGGAGGAUUUCCGCGGGCCGGGCAACUGA